AUGGGAAAAUCGUCGACCGCCUCGUCGUCUACGCGCGCAAGCUUGGGAUGGGAUGCCGAACGGUCGGAUUUUCACCACAGUCAACCUAAAAAUAUGAAAGCCAUGGGUGUAGAUCGCGAGUGGUGGUUGCGCUACGUCAACCACAACCUCCUAAGACGAAAAAUCGACCUCCGGCGACUGAUAAUCGCCAUCAUAGUUUUCCUCGCUCUUUCUAUGGUCAUUUUUGAGGUCACGCAUCACGAAUUAUAUAGGCUGGCUCCCUUUCAAAAUCCGCCUCUAGCACCUGUACCAGAUGUACCUGGACAAUGCACAACCUGGCCUGUCGAUUGGAAAGGUCGAUACACACCUUCCCUUGAACGUGAGAACAACACCGUAAGACUUGAGUCUUUCGCGCCCAAGGGCGGCUGGAAGAAGCCUGUAGGUAUCAAAAUCGUUGCGCUAGUGUUCUACGGCCGCAAGAGAACGGUCGACUUCCUGGACUGCUAUCUACAACAAAAUCUGGCCGCGAACGGGGGAUACGUUGACGAAAUUCGAUUUAUGGUGCAUACGAAUAAGGAAGAAGACCUUGAUUACCUGAGAGAUCUCGUUUCACGAAGAGAAGAACAUUACCACAUCGUAGAGGCCAACACCUGCGAAGGCUCUUCAUACGGCUGCAUUUGGGACUCUAUUGUUGAAGACGAUACUAUAUACGUGAAAAUUGACGACGACAUUAUUUUCAUUCACCCGGACGCGAUACCACAGCUAGUCCAUACCCGCAUCGCUACGCCCCACCCGUUUGCUGUGUCGGCAAACUUGGUCAACAGUCCCUUAACAGGCUACGAGCACUUCCACGUCGGUGCAAUCCAUGCAUUUAGGCCUGAUCCAAGAGAGAAGCCAUCACACCCUGCUGCAGAGUCAUGGCGACCAUCUGACAAAAGCAAUUUCCCGGAGUCAAGUUUACCGAAACUAAAUAUCAGCGAUCUCCGCAGCAUAGAGUUCAAUGACGAGAUCUUCCCUCCUCGUCCGUAUUUUGGUCACCCAUUCCUGUUGAUAUCAGAUGACCCCUUCGACCUAAUGAAGUCACCAAUGGGGCUGAACUAUCUGCAUGGAGGAAACAAGGGUGUUGAGUCUAUGUACGAAAAGGCAUGGAAAUCCUGGGCCAUAGCGAGCCAGCAACAGUACUCGUUGCUGAAGAACCUCGAGGACAACACCAUCGCCCAUUACUUCUUCGGAUCACCGCAAGAUUUUCCCAAAGGGAAAAACACAUCAGCCGUCGCGGUGAAGCACGCGGCAGAGAAUAAGGGUGGUCCGGGUGCAGAGCAGCUGUACAACACGCAAUACAAGAGAUACAACCUCAACUUUGUGGCGUUGUGGGGUCACGACAUCAAGGCGGCGCUGCCAAUCGCGGAAGAUGACGAGGAGGACAUCACGGUGACGAUCCCGAAGCGAACGCGUAGACCGUUCGUUAUCGACACGCGUAGCGUCGUCGGACACCUCAGCUUUUACCCCCAGCACGACGGCGUCCGAGAGACUGACCUGUUGGAUCGAUGGAGGGCGUUCGCGAACGAGAUGGUAUGCACGCCGCAAAACCAGAAGAGCCCGUUCGAUAAGAGGUGUCCUGGGUUUUAG